UUCAUUCAGCUUUAACGUACUGGGACACUUAUCAUGUUUCAUUGUCAGUGUUUUCUCUUUUAGGUUUCCCAUUAAGUAAAGAGAAUGGAAAAAAACAAAACAGUUUCAACCGAUAUUCUGGAGGUCCAAGGUUUUGACAUUUCUCCACAGUUAACGUAUCCUCUCUUUUUCUUACUGCUCUUUGUUUACUUCACCCUGCUUUUUUCUAACAUUGGAGUCCUUUUGCUUAUCAUUUCUCAGAAGAGUUUGCACCAGCCAAUGUACUUUCUGUUUUGUAACCUGUCUGUCAAUGAUCUCAUAGGUAACACAGUCCUGCUGCCUCAGCUAAUGGCUCACAUCUUGGCAACCGAACGGUUUAUCACCUACAAACAGUGUGUGGUUCAGGCUUUUCAAAGUCACACAUUUGGAUCGGCUUCACAUAUGAUCCUCAUCAUUAUGGCAAUUGAUAGAUAUGUGGCGAUAUGCCACCCCUUAAGGUAUAGUUCCAUUAUGACAACCAGAACUGUGGUUGGGCUGUCCGCAGCUGCCUGGGGGGUGUCAGUAGUGCUUGUGUCUAUAUUAAUAGGUCUUACUGUGAGGCUGUCCCGCUGCAGAUCCACUAUACAAAAUUCUUACUGUGACAAUGCAUCACUAUUCAAGCUUUCUUGUGAGGACGUGUCCGUAAACAACAUCUAUGGACUCUUUUUCACUGUGCUGCUGUUUACUAGUUCAAUUGCAAGCAUAGCUGCCACCUAUUUUAGAAUUGCUCUCAUUUGCUGGAUUAAGAAAAACAAAGACUUAAAUAACAAAGCGCUGCAAACAUGUGCAAGCCACCUUGUUCUUUAUCUGAUCAUGCUCUGGUCAGGAUUUUUAACAAUUAUUUUGCAUCGUUUCCCAAAUUACCCAGACUUAAGGAAAAUUGCAUAUGUUUUAUUUCAUGUUGUCCCUGCUAAUCUGAAUCCAAUAAUUUAUGGAAUGCAAACGAGAUCAUUAAGACAUAAAAUUACUGAAAUACUGAAAAGAAAAGUGACUCCAUCCUAA